CGACUCGACGAUUCGCCCUCGCCUUCGCCUUCUUCUCCUUGCUCCGGCCAACAGCUCACCUUUCAUGGCUUGACGCUACGCUACUCAUUUGCACACGACGCCGACGACUGCGACGACGACUACUCUGACGAAUCGCACACGACGAGCUCUCGACAUCUGAGCGUCUCUUGCCCGCCAUGAGCAGCGGAGGGCCAGACAAACGGACGACGGCCUACGAGAACAUCUUUGGUCGCCCGACAGCCAAGCCAAAGGGCCCUGUCGCUCAGCCUCCUCCUAAUGUAGGUGGCGGUGGGUACCCCCAGUACCCUCAUCCCCAGCAACAGCAGUACUGGCAGCAGCAGCAGCAAUCGCAGCAAUCGCAGUCACAAGCUGCGAGAUGGAAUGCGCCUGGAGGGUAUGGCGGUCCAGUUGGUCCCGGUGGUGGAAUGGGAGGCUACUACCAGCCAACGCAAUCCCAAUACGGCUACGAUCACCCGGAUCGACGCUCGAGCGUCACCCCGUCCUUCACUUCGCAGUCCUCGAGCUCCUCGCCAUACCCUUCCACGCCCUAUGCUGGAUCAAGCAUCGGCGCCGAGUCGUCAUACGGAGGCGUAAAGGGCCAGACGCCUGCGAGCGCGUAUGCCAACUUCCACUCGGGCGCCAGUCAGUACAAUGGAGGGGGCGCUGGCGGUUAUGCACCAGCACGAGCUUCUAUGCAGACCGAUGCCUCUUCAGAACCGCGGCCCAGCAUCUCAUCAUCGACGGCAGAGUCCAUCUACGGACGUCAGCCACCUGGCGCGGGUGCUACGAGCUCAGUUACCUCUUUCAACAAUAGGGCAAGCUCGCCACGUGUAGAUCCGCCGAGAUUACCUAGCUUCGAGCUGAACGGCGGCGGUGGUAGUGGUGGACAGAAUGGUGUUGACGAGAGCAACUGGUUCAAGGGGCUUUCGCUUGAUGGCGGUAGCUCGACGCAUAGUAAUGGCUCAUCAUCGAAUGGCAAGGUUGUCUCACCGAAGCAAAAGGGACUGGGUGGGUUGCCGCCUCCUGCGCCGGUGGAAGAAGAGGACGAGGACUUCAGGACGCCGGGGCCGACGAAUGACGGCAGAGAUCCCUUCGCCUCAGAAUUUGAGAACUACGGCGCAGCUGGUGCUCCCCCGGCAAAUCCCUCGCCCGUUGUCAGUAAACCCGCCUCAAUAGCAAGCCAACCGCAAGCCUCAGCUCCAGUCCCCGGCUCCAUCAGCUCUGCAGCGUCGUCCAUCUACGACGGAAUUAGGCGCAAGGCAUCAUUCGAGUCAGACCGGAGGUCAAUUGCCAACUCGACGCACAACGUCCCUGUAGCACCGGGCGCUGCUGCCUUCUACAAUCACGGCGGCAGGAGUGCAACGGCAAGCACGACGAACUUCGGUGGGGGCAGCAACUACUUUGGAGGCGGCUUCACGCCAAUGACCGGAGAUGGCGGCGAUGGUGGCGGCACAGCCAGCUCAGUGGACAUGUGGCAACGGCCACCCCGACAACGAACAGCGUCUAGCCACACGCAGGCAGGCUACUCCCCCUCGCUGGGCGCGACUCGCAACCCUCGCCUCGAGCACAGGGCCAUGUCCAUGGGCAUGGGUGGCCAAGGUCAACGGCCAAGCGUCGUGAGCAACGCCAUGUCGUACCAGUCGAGUAAUGCGAGCACAAUGGUGGGCACCUCGGCCAUGCCAUCCAACAGAAGAGGACCGCUGGUAUAUCCCGCCCUCCUCUCGCGUGUGGCAGACUCGUUCAAACAGAGGGUGACAGUAGCGGAAAGGGUGAAGGAUGGUCUUACCUAUCAGGACGCUUUCGACGGGCGAGAAGCCGUAGAUCGCAUUGCAUACAUCAUCAAGACGACGGACAGGAAUCUGGCGCUCCUGCUCGGCCGUGCCCUCGAUGCGCAAAAGUUCUUCCACGACGUCACGUACGAUCAUCGACUGCGCGACUCGCCCAACGAGCUCUACCAGUUCCGUACGCGCCUCACUAGCCCCUUUGGAUCAGAGACGGAGCACUUUGGCGACGAAGGCAAGUCGCCAGGCAUCCAUCAACUGCAAGUCCCCCACUUGGACAGCUCGCAGGCUAGCCUUCCCACGUCGGCCGCCUCCUCCAUCAAGGACGGCCACCGCGGCGCACCCCCCGCUCUGAUGCAUCAAGACUCGACUGCAAGCGGCACGGCCGAAGACGAGGAUGAGCUACCUACCGGAGUGUUCACGCUCCUGACCGACUGCUACAGCCCGACAUGUACGCGCGAUCGCCUCUGCUACAGCAUUGCCUGCCCGCGUCGUCUCGAGCAGCAGGCUCGCCUCAACAUGAAGCCGCAGACGGUCUUGAAGCGCGCCAUCAGUCGCGAGUCGCUGGGCGACGUCAAGGAACCCGGAGCGCUGUGGGCCGAGUCAGUCUCCAAGGAAGUCUUCGAAAGCGUGUCAGAGCAAGAGCGCAAGCGACAGGAGCUGCUCAACGAAGCCAUCUACACGGAGCGGGACUUUGUGCGGGACCUCGAAUACCUGCGCGACUUCUGGAUCAAGCCGCUCAAGACGCAGGACAUCAUCCCCGAGGCUCGUCGCGAUGACUUUGUGCUGCAAGUCUUCUGGAACGUGCUCGAGGUACAUGCCGUCAACUCGAAGCUGGCUGAGCUGCUCACCAAGCGGCAGAAGCAGCAAGCCGUCGUUGAGCGAAUUGGUGACAUCUUCCUCGAGAUGGUGCCUCAUUUCCAACCCUUUGUCAAGUAUGGAGCGCACCAGCUGUACGGCAAGUACGAGUUUGAGAAAGAGAAGGCCUCCAAUCCCGCCUUUGCCAAAUUCGUCGACGAGACGGAGCGUCGCCCGGAAUCGAGGAAGUUGGAGCUCAAUGGCUACCUCACCAAGCCGACGACGAGGCUUGCGAGAUACCCGCUACUUCUCGAAGCUGUACUCAAGCAGACCCCAGAGGGAAGUCCAGACAAGCUCGCUCUGCCCAAGGUGGUCAAGAUUGUCAAGGAGUUCUUGACAAAAGUCAACGUCGAGACGGGCAAGAGUGAGAAUCGCUUCAACCUUGCGCAGUUGGACCAGCAACUCGUCUUCAAGCAAGGAGAGGCGGUGGAUCUGCGCCUGCGCGACGAGCAGCGCGAGCUCGUCUUCAAGGGCCCGCUCAAGAAGCGUGGCGGUACGCAGAGUGAGUCGGCAGAGCUGCAGGUCUUCCUGUUCGACCACGCCCUCCUCAUGGUCAAGGCAAAGACGGUGCAUAAGAACGAGCUGUAUAAAGUCUUCCGCAAGCCGAUCCCGCUCGAGCUGCUCAUCGUCACUGUGUACGACGAGGUGCCCACCGGCAAAGGCAACGCCACGCGCCCCAAGUCGGUCAUGAGCAAAACUUCCACGGGCAACAGGCUGAGCGGGGGUGUUCCAUCAGGGUCUGCGCCUAAGCAGGAUGCCAAAACUGGGUAUGCUCUCACAUUCACGUAUCUGGGCAGGAAGGGGUACUCGCUCACGCUCUGGGCUAGCACGUUCGUCGGGCGACGCAAAUGGUUUGAACACAUUGAGCAGCGCCAGGAGAUCCUGCGACAGCGCUCCAACAUCUUCGACACGAUUACGCUCAGCGAGAACUUCUUCAUUGGCCAGCAGAAGGUCAACUGCAGUGUGCCCUUCGACUUUGGACGGCGCAUCAUCUAUGGGACGGACGACGGUGUCUUCCUCAGCGACCUGCGCGAGAAGGCUCGACCGCCGACCAAGGUCUUGCCCCUGCCGGGAGUGACACAGAUCGACGUGCUGGAAGAGUACCAGAUCCUCAUCAUUCUCGCGGAGCGAUCAGUCCACACCUUUACGCUAGACGCGCUCGACCCUUCAGACCCAAUGGGCUCACUCAAGCGUGGUCGUCGCAUCUCGUCGCACACGUCAUUCUUCAAGGCAGGCCAAUGCCUGGGACGUACGCUCGUGUGCGUCGUCAAGUCUUCCUCGCUCUCCUCGACGAUCAAGACACUGGAGCCCAUCGAGCAGAAUGUGCGAGGAAAGAAGCAGCCCACCUUCCGCAAGCUCCUGCAGGGCGGGCAGGAGACGCUGCGCGUAUUCAAGGAGUUCUACAUCCCGACCGAGUCGUCCUCAAUUCACUUCCUCAAGUCAAAACUCUGCGUCGGUUGCACCAAGGGCUUCGAGAUCGUCGAUCUCGAGACGCUCGAUACGCAAGGUCUUCUGGACCCUGCCGACUCGUCGCUCGACUUUGUCCAUCGAAAGGAGACGGUGAAGCCUCUGGCCAUCUACAGGAUAGACGGCGAGUUCCUGCUCUGCUAUGACGAGUUCGCAUUCUACGUCAACAAGAAUGGCUGGCGCGCAAAGGGCAACUGGAUCAUUCAUUGGGAGGGUAACCCGAUGAGCUUCGCGCUCCACCACCCGUACGUGCUCGCAUUCGAGCCAAGCUUCAUCGAGGUGAGGCACGUAGAGACGGGGGCACUGCAUCAGGUCAUCACAGGGUACAACCUGCGCUGCCUCUUUGCAGACGUCCCUCCGCCUGCGUCCUCCAGCUCGAGCUCGGCGUCCUCCGCAGCCUCGUCGGCCAGCUCGCACUUGCAGCUCCAGCACCAGCAGUACGGCCCGCCACGCCCGCCUGUCGGCUUCCCGCCGAGACCGCCUCCAGGGUACAUGGGCGGCUACCCAGGUGCGCCUCCAGGUCCUCCUGGGGCAAUGACGCCGUAUGGUGGGCCAGGCGGCUUCCCACCUCGCCCACCGCCGCCAGGCGUACCACCAGGCAUGUCACCCUACGGCCUGCCUCCACCGGCGAUCGUCCCGCAUCAUCCUCCGAGACCGCCGCCGCAACUCCAGCGAAACCCUGUGUGGGAAUCUGUGGCGGCGAGCAGGAAUCAGAUCGUCUUCAUUGGGGACCAGACUGUGUUCGCUGUUCGGUUGGCGGGCGCUGGACAGUAGACGAGGAGGAGGGCAAGGGCGAGGAGGUUUCCAUCGAAGGAGAGGGAGGAAAUGCAGAGGUCGGAUAGGAGGGAAAGAGAAGGCAGCGGGGCCUGUUACC